AUGCAUUGCAAGGAGUUGCCGAAGAAUAGGCUCAAACGUUGGGUGCGGCAGGCUGCCGUCCAACGAGGCUCCUCUUCCUCCCAGCCUUCGGGCCAAGAGGCAACUCGACGACCUUCCCCUGCCCGUAUAGAGAAAGACUGGGAUGAGGUUAUGGAGAGUCUCCCCCUGGACAUGCUGUUUGAUGACCUGAUCAUUGAAGAGGAUGAUGACACAAUGAAGAGGAGGACAAGGAGGAGGAUCCCCCGCCUCCCACCUCCAGACACUCCUACUCUGGAGUACGGGUUCGUUGACAUGCGCAAACAGGCUGCAGCCAAGUUCAACACUGACUGGCUUCCCCCAUCGGGGGGGCGAAGACUCGGAGAGAGACUGGUUCGAUGGGAAGAGGGUCUUGUACCGUCCCCAGGAAGUAGCGUAUCCCAUCAAUACCAGCCUGUCUGGUACAGGUCAAAUGGAACUGGGACAAGCCCCUAACCGGCAAGGUUGUUACCAGGUAACUCGCUGCCAUGGAUAUGCAGGGUAUGGAGGACCUGGGGUUCUGCCAACCGCCAGUCAUACAACACUCUGUGGCUAGCCAUACUCCAGAAGGUGUUUGUGUCCGCAGCACGCUCUUCUAGGGCACAGAACAUCACCACUCUAUUGAUGACAUAUCAAGGAGCGCAACUAGAUGAGAUGGGCAAUCUCCUGGACAAGAACUCACCCAACCCACUUGCAAAAGUAUUCAUCCCCCUUGGAGUUUUUCCUAUUUUGUUGCAUUACAACCUGUAAUUUAAAUGGAUUUUUAUUUGGAUUUCAUGUAAUGGACAUACACAAAAUAAUCCAAAUUGGUGAAGUGAAAUGAAAAAAAUAACUUAUUUCAAAAAAUUCUAAAAAAUAAAUAUAGGAACAGUGGUGCGUGCACAUGUAUUCACCCCCUUUGCUAUGAAGCCCCUAAAUAAGAUCUGGUGCAACCAAUUACCUUCAGAAGUCACAUAAUUAGUUAAAUAAAGUCCACCUGUGUGCAAUCUAAGUGUCACAUGAUCUCAGUAUAUAUACACCUGUUCUGAAAGGCCCCAGAGUCUGCAACACCACUAAGCAAGGAGCACCACCAAGCAAGCGGCACCAUGAAGACCAAGGAGCUCUCCAAGCAGGUCAGGGACAAAGUUGUGGAGAAGUACAGAUCAGGGUUGGGUUAUAAAAAAUAUCCGAAACUUUGAACAUCCCACGGAGCACCAUUAAAUCCAUUAUUAACAAAUGGAAAUAAUAUGGCACCACAACAAACCUGCCAAGAGAGGGCCGCCCACCAAAACUCACGGACCAGGCAAGGAGGGCAUUAAUCAGAGAAGCAACAAAGAGACCAAAGACAUCCCUGAAGGAGCUGCAAAGCUCCACAGCGGAGAUUGGAGUAUCUGUCCAUAAGACCACUUUAAGCCGUACACUCCACAGAGCUGGGCUUUACGGAAGAGUGGCCAUAAAAAAGCAUUGCUUAAAGAAAAAAAUAAGCAAACACGUAUGGUCUUCGCCAAAAGGCAUGUGGGAGACUCCCCAAACAUAGGGAAGAAGGUUCACUGGUCAGAUGAGACUAAAACUGAGCUUUUUGGCCAUCAAGGAAAAUGCUAUGUCUGGCGCAAACCCAACACCUAUCAUCACCCCGAGAACACCAUCCCCACAGUGAAGCAUGGUGGUGGCAGCAUCAUGCUGUGGGGAUGUUUUUUAUCGGCAGGGACUGGGAAACUGGUCAGAAUUGAAGGAAUGAUGGAUGGCGCUAAAUACAGGGAAAUUCUUGAGGGAAACCUGUUUCAGUCUUCCAGAGAUGUGAGACUGGGACGGAGGUUCACCUUCCAGCAGGACAAUGACCCUAAGCAUACUGCUAAAGCAACACUUGAGUGGUUUAAGGGGAAACAUUUAAAUGUCUUGGAAUGGCCUAGUCAAAGCCCAGACCUCAAUCCAAUUGAGAAUCUGUGGUAUGACUUAAAGAUUGCUGUACACCAGCGGAACCCAUCCAACUUGAAGGAGCUGGAGCAGUUUUGCCUUGAAGAAGGGGCAAAAAUCCCAGUGGCUAGAUGUGCCAAGCUUAUAGAGACUUGCAGCUGUAAUUGCUGCAAAAGGUGACUCUACAAAGUAUUGACUUUGGGGGGGGGAAUAGUUAUGCACGCUCAAGUUUUCUGUUUUUUUGUCUUAUUUCUUGUUUGUUUCACAAGAAAAAAUAUUUUGCAUCUUCAAAGUGGUAGGCAUGUUGUGUAAAUCAAAUGAUACAAACCCCCCAAAAAUCAAUUUUAAUUCCAGGUUGUAAGGCAACAAAAUAGGAAAAAUGCCAAGGGGGGUGAAUACUUUCGCAAGCCACUGUAUUAUCAAAAAUCUAAAUGCAGGCUAUCUAAGUUGGCUUAUUCUGAACAUCUCAACGUUAGUUUGUCAUUGAUUGCUUAAACGCUAGAGCGAGUGGAAUAAAUCAAAUAAUAAUAAUAAUAUGAGGAUGUAAGACUUUCAGUGCGCUGUCCAUUGUCUGGAUUAAUUUAUUUUACAAUUGAAGCUCUGAAACAUCAAGAAAUGCUUCCUAGAUUCAAUGAACUAGCACUAAUUUGAUAUAACACUUUAUAACACAAUUCAAACUCUCCAGCUGGCUUUAAUUCAAAUAUAGUAUAGAUUAAGUUAUAAAGAUACUAGCGUAAUAUGGUCAUUAUUUUGUGUCUGUAUGCACAGGAGGUCUGUGGCUAUCCCCUCAGCAUAUUCUUAAUUGUUGUAAAUAAAUGAUCCGAGAGAUUCUCCUACUAUGGCAUGCGAGGUAAGAAUAUGACACAGUAUCUACUACAGAUACCAAUACUCUUAGAACCCUUUUGGAACCCUUCUUUCUUCGGCUGUCCCCAUAGGAUAACCCUUUUUGGUUCCAGGGAGAACCCUUUUUGGUUCAAUAUAGAACCAUUUUGGGUUCCAUGCAGAACCUGCCAUGGAAAGGGUCCUACAUGGAAACCAAAAGGGUUCUACCCGCAACCAAAAGGUUUCUACCUGGAACCAAAAAGGGUUCUUCAAAGGGUUAUCCUAUGGGGACAGCCAAAUAACCAUUUUAGGUUCUAGAUAGCACCCAUUUUUCUAAGAGUGUACUACCACAACUACUACAGACACAACUACUGCUAUCUUCUACAGAUACCUAUAUCUACUACAACAUCUUCAUAGCUGUGAUCAACCGUUCUAAUACAGUAUAGUGGCUGUGUGGAGUGCCUAUCCUGAGGAGCUUCCCCUUCUCUCUCCCCUGUCCACAGCUGUGCUGGUGCUGUACUUCAGGUACUUCCUCCGGUUUGAUGAUGACCUGGCCACCUCCAUCUACCACACCUUUGUGGCUCUGUGCUACCUGACUCCCAUCCUGGGAGCCAUUAUAGCAGACUCCUGGCUGGGCAAGUUUAAGUAAGUGACUGUUCGGAGCCCUAGAACUAGAGUGUAUUACAGAACAGGAAUCCGUUCUUGCACUGGUAGCUAACACCUUGAUUUCCCCUUCCCGCAGGACCAUCAUCUACUUGUCCAUUGUCUAUGCAAUUGGCCAGGUUGUGAUGGCAGUCAGCGCCGUUCAUGACAUCACGGACACAGACAGAGAUGGAACGCAAGACAACUUGACCACAUGA